AUGAGCGAUUACGAACCCUUAGCGGGGCCGUCUUCAGCACCUGAUGCUUUACUCGAGGCACCAUCAGACUUAGUCGAAGAUUACUCUGACGACGGCGACUAUGUAAAGCGUCGGCUAUACGUGUCUGAGAUAUUGUACAUGUGGAAUCUGUCAGAUAUUGUGCGCGAACUUGGAACGAAUGAACAAUGUGCUCAAUUUAGUGAGAAUGAAGGGCUAAUCCUAAAGGAAAGAAAGUGCAGCAAACAUAAAAUAAACAUGAAAAUUUCAUACUCAAGUGGCUGCAAAUCGUUUGGUACAUUCGUAUGUGCUAAAGCAUCCUGUAAGGGUAAAGGUGGAAGCAGUGGAGUUAAGAUCUCACGUCGACGAGGGACUUUUUUUGAAAAUGUAUCCAUUGAUAUGGUCCAUAUAACCUUAUAUAUGCGUACUCACAAGCAUGGUCCUAUAAUCAAAUAA